UUCAGCAAAGUGAACAUGUGACUUUCUGUGGUUGUAAUGGUAUCGAAAUGUUCUCAGUUGUGUUACCUGAAGAAGUGUAUGAUUUGAUAUUUAAAAACAUUGGUAUCUUUCAAUACAUAGUUAACAUUUCUCUAAACAGUUUGCUGAGUUGUCUAGGUGCUAUAGUUAGCAUCGCGCUGGAUUGUAGUAUUCAAUUGUGAACCAGUUACCCACAAGCUAGUUAGCCAGGACAGAGCAGAACAGCAAAAGGGACAGAUGCGGCUCAAAGACCCUUUCUCUUUAAAGUCCGCCGACAUGACAAAGCGGACUAGCAAGCCGAAGAAACCUCGGGAUGAGGAGUCCUCGGAUGAAGUUGGUGGCCUUAUGUGUCAGCAUGUCGGCAAGGCAGUGGACCUGAGCGCGGUGAAGAAGGCAGUCACAGGCAACGUGUGGUCCGUGUGCGGCGAGUGUUUACGGGAGAGGAACGUGAACGAGGGGGAGUCCACUGGCUCCCACGACAUCCUCGUGUGCCUCAAGUGUGGCUUUCAGGGCUGUAACCAGUCAGAGAGCCAGCACGCCACCAAGCACCAGCAGACCCAUCACACAGAGGUCCACUGCAUCACCAUCAGCCUCAGCACCUGGAAGGCCUGGUGUUUUGAAUGUAAUGAAGAACUGUCCACCCACUGCAACAAGAAGGCCUUGGCCCAGACGUUGGACUUCCUCCAGAAGCAUUCUGUGAAGGCAACAACAGGAACGGUGUCUAAAAUCAUCAAGCUUCGCGAGGAGCCCGAGGACGGCCAGAGGGGAGGCAAGAGCGCACCUAACAGCACCCUCAUCCCCGUUAAGGGCAUCAACAACCUGGGCAACACCUGCUUCUUCAACGCCGUCAUGCAGAAUCUGUCACAGACGCACAUGCUGAAUGAGCUGAUCCAGGAUGUAAAAGAGAAGGGCCACAAGCUGAAGAUCUCUCCAACCUCUGAGUCCAACUUGGGGGCGCUGACCAUCACCCUGCCCAGCCCAGAGCCCCUCACCUCCGCCAUGUUCCUCUUCCUCAACAGCAUGAAGGAGGCUGGCAAAGGACCCAUCUCACCUAAAGUCCUCUUCAACCAGCUCUGCCAGAAGGCUCCUCGCUUUAAAGGCUACCAGCAGCAAGACAGUCAGGAGCUCCUUCACUACCUGCUGGACGCCAUGAGGGUGGAGGAGACCAAGCGGAUCAAGGCUGGCAUCCUGAAAGCGUUUAACAACCCAACCGAGAAGACGGCUGAUGAUGAGACCAAACGUCAAGUCAAAGCAUAUGGUAAAGACGGUGUGAAGAUGAACUUCGUGGAUCGCAUCUUUGUGGGAGAGUUAACUAACACCAUCAUGUGUGAGGAGUGCGAACAUAUCUCCACAGUGAAAGAGGCCUUCAUUGACAUCUCACUGCCAAUUAUAGAGGAGAGGAUCUCCAAGCCCUCCAACCCAAGCAGAUCAGGAAAGAGCAGUCGGGAGCAGGAGGCUGCCGUCACCCACGGCGACGAGCCCUUGACGACACACACUCAGGGUAACAGGGCCAUCAGGAGGAUGAGUGGACCGAGGCAGCCUGGCCGCCAUUUGUCCAGCAAUCAAGACGAAAGGGGCGGGGCCAGCUGCAGCUCCGCCCUUAACGAGGAGGAUCUCUGCUCAGCGGGGAGGGGCUUUGGCAUCUGCAGGGGAGGGGGGGCUUCUGGCAGCCAAUCGGAAGGCAGCGAGAAGGACUUGGGUGCCCAGGACAGCAGUAACGACGCCGACAGUGAGGCGUCCGAGAGCGAGUGGUCGCCCCGCUCGCCCCCCGGGCCCAGCCAUCGGACCAGCAUCGCCGCGGCCGAGCGCACCCCCAAACCGGCACCCACCCCGGCCCCAGCGCACUCCCCUCUGACCCCUCACAGCGCCAAUCGGCCCCAGCAGGGCGGCGCCGUGGAGCAGCUGGUCAGUGCCGUCUCCAAACUGGGCCUCGUGCACACCUCCCCCGACACACUGCCCCUAGAGGAGCCCGGUGAAUCAGCCGGCCAGGCUGCGCAGCCCGACCAACGCCACCACCCCCAGCAGCCGCAGCAGCAGCAUGGCCACCAGGGGGCGUUCCAGGCGCUGUCCCACAGCUACACGCCCUGCUCCAAGGAGUGUUCGGUGCAGUCCUGCCUCUACCAGUUCACCUCUGUGGAGCUGCUCAUGGGCAACAACAAGCUGCUGUGUGAGAACUGCACCGAGCGCAGGCAGAGACAGCUCAGGAAGAGCAGCACGUCAGGGAAGAAAUCAGAGCGGGUGUACACCAGCGCCCGCAAACAGAUGCUCAUCUCCUCCUUACCGCCCGUGGUCACGCUGCAUCUCAAACGUUUUCACCAGGCAGGGAUGAAUCUGCGGAAGGUCAACCGGCACGUGGAUUUCCCUCUCAUCCUGGACCUGGCGCCCUUCUGCUCCGCCUUGUGCAAGAACCUUGUGCCAGGUGAACGAGUUCUUUACAGUCUCUAUGGGAUUGUAGAGCAUAGCGGAUCGAUGCGGGGAGGCCACUACACGGCUUACGUGAAGGUUCGCAACCCAGUGAAGAGAUCGGAUCAGCGCCGGAACCAGUCAGGUGGGCGCGAGGCCAGUGCAUCUUCCCAGAGUCAGUGGGUGUACAUCAGUGACACCAGUGUCCAGAUGGUGCCGGAGUCUCGCGUGCUCAACUCUCAGGCCUACCUGCUCUUCUACGAGGAGCUGCUUUAGGGAGCCUGGCAUGGAGACACAGUAAUGAGUUAAUGGUUGAGUCCAUUGGAGGGGUGCACCGAAUGUUGGAGUCCGUUAUAGGGACACAUUGAAUUGUAUGAGCCACCUGAUGGCAUAAGGAAGACAAUUCACGUGGCAUAAACUUGCAUAAUAUCUGCUUCAGUGUGAGGCUUGGACUUUGGAAUGUAUGUGUGUGUGUGUGUGUGUGUGUGUGUGUGUGAGCACGUGCAUGCGCGUGCGUGUGUGGUAUGGGGUAAGGGGUAGGGAUCAGAUGGAUUUUUAUUUAGCGAAGAAUCUGUAUUUUGUUUUAAUGAAAAUGUAUAGAUAUUUUAUUGUACAGCUGGAUGUUAAAAUGUGAAAGCGGUAUUGUGGACAGGGUAAGGCAGGCGGUGAGUUUGUAAGAGUAACUGGGGGAUGCCAAAGACAGA